AUUACUUCUUGUAGCCUUCACAACUUCUUUAAUUUCAACUUCACCAAAAGCUAUAUAAAUCUUGGCAUUUUGCCAAUAAACUCAUUAGUUGUUGAACUUAUAAACAUGGAUAUGGUGAUGAAGUUGGGAGCAACAAGCUCUGUGGUGAUAUUCAGCAAGAGCAGUUGUUGCAUUUCUCAUUGCAUCGAAACCCUAAUCCGUAGUUUUGGAGCAAACCCUACUGUUUACGAGCUCGAUAGACAUCCAAAUGGGAAGCAAAUAGAGAAGGCACUAAUUGAACUAGGGUGUCAGCCAAGUGUGCCUGCAAUUUUUAUAGGGAAUGAGUUUGUUGGUGGUUCUAAUGAGAUCAUGAGCCUUAAUGUGAGAAGCAAACUAAGACAAUUGCUUAUUAGAGCUAAUGCCAUAUGGGUAUAGAAAUAGCAAGUCUACGAGUUUUUGUAGUAAACCAACCAUUUAUUGAGUCUUUUAGCUUCUUCGAAUGGUUGUUUUUUCUCCCAUUUCUCUUCUUGAUGUAUUAAUAAUGUUAUAACUUUGGUAAUAGUCA